CAUACACAGGGGUGGUGAAUUGUGCAGAGCGAGGCUAUCGCAGUUGGAAGCAAUUUUUUGGGGAGGGGGUAAUUCGCAUCUAUGGAGUUACUUUGUAUCCACUCCUAGGCUGGAGGAGGCAUCUGAGGAGCCGGCGGGGUUCGGUCCCCAGCUGUGUUUGGGGGUCUUUGCCGGCUGGUUUAAUUUUUUAUUUUUGCAAUGAUAAGUGGCUGAUGAUCUGCCUGCUGCUGUCUCCGUGCCCCCUCCCCCAAGGUGUUUUAAUUUCGGGAGCAUCCCUUUCUCCCUCCCCCCUGCCCUUCCUGUCCUCCUAACCUGAGGGGAUAUCAACUCCCGAGGACGCCUCCCCGCAAGGUAAAACCGAACUGGAGCUGCUGUUGCUACUGCUGCUGCCGCCGCUGCUGCUGAUGGAAGAAAAGAGGCGAAAAUACUCCAUCAGCAGUGAUAACUCCGACACCACUGACAGUCACACCACCUCCAAUUCAAGAUGUUCCAAGAUUCCCACCAACAAGCCCAGUUGGCCCAGGCAAAAAGAGAAGAAACCAUCAGAGGUAUUCCGGACAGACCUGAUUACAGCCAUGAAAAUCCCGGACUCCUAUCAGCUCAGCCCGGAUGAAUACUAUAUUCUAGCAGAUCCCUGGCGGCAGGAGUGGGAGAAAGGUGUGCAGGUGCCAGCAGGCACAGAGGCCAUCCCUGAACCUGUGGUGAGGGUCCUCCCUCUGCUGGAGAAUACCCCUGGCCAGAUCUCCCCGAGUAGCCUGUCCGGCUCUGAGCUCAGCGAGGUCACCAGACCCUAUUCCCGCUAUGACCUGGACGAGAUUGACGCUUACUGGCUAGAGCUUGUCAACUUGGAGCUGAAGGAGAUGGAAAAGCCAGAGUUGGACGAGAUGACCAUGGAGAGGGUGCUGGAGGAGCUAGAGACUCUGUGUCACCAGAACAUGAACAUGGCCAUCGAGACCGAGGAAGGGCUGGGCAUUGAGUAUGACGAGGACGUGGUGUGUGACGUGUGCCGCUCACCGGAGGGCGAGGAUGGCAAUGAGAUGGUGUUCUGUGACAAAUGCAAUGUGUGUGUUCAUCAGGCCUGCUAUGGAAUCCUCAAAGUCCCCACGGGAAGCUGGCUUUGCCGGACCUGUGCCCUGGGUGUCCAACCCAGAUGUCUGCUGUGCCCCAAAAGGGGGGGAGCCCUGAAACCAACACGGAGUGGGACCAAGUGGGUGCAUGUCAGCUGUGCCUUGUGGAUUCCUGAGGUCAGCAUUGGAUGCCCAGAGAAGAUGGAACCAAUUACCAAGAUCUCACACAUCCCUGCGAGCCGGUGGGCCCUGUCCUGUAGUCUGUGCCGGGAGUGUACGGGGACAUGUAUUCAGUGUUCCAUGCCAUCCUGUAUCACUGCAUUCCACGUCACAUGCGCCUUUGACCACAACCUGGAAAUGAGGACUAUAUUAGCCGACAAUGAUGAAGUGAAAUUCAAGUCUUUCUGCCUAGAGCACAGCAGCGGGGCUCCUAAGCCCCCCGAGGAGGCCCGCGGAGUAAGGGGAGAGGCUGGUUCGGUGUCCGAGCCCAGCCAGCCUGCCUUGGACUUGGAAAAGGUGACCUUGAGGAAACAGAAGCUGCAGCAGCUGGAAGAGGCCUUCUACGAGCUCGUGAAGCCUGAAGAGGUGGCGGAGAACUUGGACCUUUCCGAGACCCUUGUGGAUUUUGUCUACCAGUACUGGAAGCUCAAGAGGAAAUCUAACUGCAACAAGCCCCUCUUGACCCCCAAAACCGAUGAGGUGGACAAUUUAGCCCAGCAAGAACAGGACAUCCUAUACCGGCGGCUCAAGCUGUUCACGCAUCUUCGGCAGGACCUGGAGCGAGUUAGAAAUCUGUGCUACAUGGUGACAAGGCGAGAGAAAAUGAAACACUCCAUCUGCAAACUUCAGGAACAAAUAUUCCACCUUCAGAUGAGACUUAUUGAAAAGGAUCUUUAUCGAGAACAACCUGGGAAGAGAAGCAAGGGGAAGAAGAAUGACUCCAAAUGGAAAGGAAGGGAUAGUAGGAAGACGAGCCCUGAAAAGAAAGAGAAAAUGAAGCCAGGCAAUGAGUUGGUCCUGGGGCAGCUCGGCUUGUCCACCUCUUUCCCCAUCGAUGGGACCUUCUUCAACAGCUGGUUGGCCCAGUCGGUGCAGAUCACUACAGAGAACAUGGCCAUGAGUGAGUGGUCCCUGAACAAUGGGCACCAUGAGGACAACACAUCUGAGCUCCUCUCUGAGGAGCUGCUCCAGGAUGAAGAGACCCUGUUGAGUAUCAUGAUGGACCAUUCCCUAAAGUCUCCCUUCAAGCACAGUGACUCCACCAAGAAGUCCCAGAGCAAAGCAAGGCCAACGAAUAAGAAGAAGGUCCCUCGGGACAGCCUCAGCUCCCUGCUCUCAGACCACCCAGAGGACUCUGGCCAGCGGACUGCCCCAACAGACCACACCAUGAAACCCUUGAACCAUGACUCGGGGAACAGCAAGGCCACUCGUGGGGCAACCAGGAUACCUACAGAUCGCAAAGGAGCCAGUGGGGAAGUUCGGAAGACUCCAAAAAGGGGACCUUCUCACCACUCUCCCAGCCCCAAAACCCAUGACUCCAAUGUCCUGGCGGGCUCAAGAAGCUCCCCACACGAGGACAAGGAGACUGUAGACGCAACUCCGCUGCUUGAGACUAACAGCCCGAUUCAAGUGCCUGGCUCGUUGGGGAGUCCAAAAACAGUAGUGAGGUUCAGAUUGCCAAAGGAGGGCAAAGAGACUAGGAAGCUGCCGAAUCCAAAGCCCGAGGCAAUGAAUAGACCUCCAGCAGGGGAAAGGCCAAAGGUCACCUUGCACUUUGACAAUGAGACCGAUGGCUACUUCUCUGAUGCAGAAAUGAGCGACUCUGACUCCGAGCCAGGGAGUGGCAGGGUUCAGCUAAACCAGAAGGAUUCAGGAAAGGAGGAGGUAGUCAGAAUGAGCGUUUUGGCAUCCUAACUCAACCAGAUAACCAACUGUGACAGUUCUUAAGAGGCCUAAACCCAGUUACAACUGCCAUUUUCAAUUUCUGCCUGGUAUCAUAUAACAAAGGGGUUCCAUUCUUGGUGGGGUGGGAGUUUUCAUUUGUUUUAUAUCUAUAGUUUAAAAUUGAGCACCGUUGUCUUUCUCUGUAUGCUGGACAUAGGACAUAAAAGCUUCCACUCCCCUGACCUGGGUGACAAGAGUCAUCCCUUUUAAUAAUUUAACUUCAAUAAUUUAACCCAAUGAAGCAAAAUGCCAGACACUGGCAUUCAGGGACUGGGGAUCCUGGCCCCAUCUGGGAUCACCCAAGGCAUCAGUAACAAGAGGUCUGAUAUUGCCAGUACCCAUUGUUUCUGCAGGGAUGACAGUCUUAUGGGCAUUAUUCCAAGGCAAAGACAAGUAAACUCAUUUCCUGCUUUGCCCAGGGUUCAGCACCCAGUCCAAAGGCUGGGUCAGGAGUCAGGUUCCAGGGGUAUAGCUGAACCCCUCUCCGCAGCGAGGCAACACCCCCCAACACCCAAGGAAGUAGAAUAAGCGAAACCUAAUACAGAACUAACUUUUCUAAAGCACAAAGAGCUUAUUUGAAGAAAGCACUUAAGGGUGGGGGAGAACACUCCUUUAACAGAAGCCUUGUCAAUUUGUUCCUCUCACCUUUUCCAGUUCAAUCUGCUUCCAUGCCAAGGCUGAGGGCCAAACCCUUCGGCCAGCCACCCCUUUCCUCCCAGCACUGUGCCUGAGUGGCCAUAGGAAUUACCCAGAGGGAAAAUACGUCCCACAGGCGGGGCUCCCAGCCCUUGGCUUCAAGAGACUUUUACUCAGGUGUAUCCAUUAGCCAAAUGGGACCAGGGAGGGGGCUGGAGGAAAAGGUCAAGGCAUUCACUUUGCAAAACAGGAAAAGAAUAAACAUUUAAAACUUGAAUGCGUUAACUGUAAAAGCAAAGUCUCCUUCCUGGAACAGGUGACAGCUAGUCUCCUUGUAGUCCCUGUCCUGCGCAUUGGAAAGCAAAUCAGAUCGUUGGCCUUGUAGCGGUUUCCAGUCUUAACUAAGACGACAAGUUUCUUCCUUCAGUUUUCUUUUGGAAAAAUGCUCCUACCUACAAGCCUGCGAACUCCUUGGGGAAAUAGAAAGGGGAGGGUUGAUUCGUUGAAGUCAGUAUUCUAAAACCUAGAAGAUUUUCAUGCAUAGAAAUGCCCCUUCUAAGCCUUAAAAGUUUUUUAAAAACCCGUGAUGAUACCUAUGAGUCAGGCAAGUUUCUGUGUUUGCACUUAACCCACCCCCAUCCUUUCAGUUCUGGCUUCCAAGGUCACAGUUGAUUUGCGCUAAUGUAUUUGGUUGGAGUGACCCCAGGGUGAUUGACAGCUCAGGGAACAGAAACAACCGCAAAAUUCAGUGAAACUUUUUUUUUAAUUUUUUUUAUUUUUAAGAAUUACACCUGGGACACUUCUUCAACUGGCAAAACCAGAACUUUUCAAACAAGAACCUUGCAAAUGUCAAAUGAAUCAGUUGAAUAAUUUUGUGGAUGCCAAAGAAUCUUUUGACAAUAACACAGCAGCACAGCCUGGACCCAGAAAUUGGUCACUUGGAUUUCUUUUUUUUUUUUU